CCACUCAAUUCGGCAAUAGUUCCGGGUAUUUUUCGUACACUGGAUGUCACAUUUUAAAACCCCUCAAGCCUCAUAGAACUCAAUCGUAGAUUCAGCAGAAACUUGUGCCUAAAAAUUCAACAAAUUCUGUUUUCCGUUUUCAGUUUCGGCCAGAAGUAGGAAAUCCCAUCCUAGCCAUCGAAGAGUGCAGAGAUGGAGGAGUAUUCGCGGGAGCCGUGCCCGCAUCGCAUCGUCGACGAUUGCGGAGGAGCCUUUGCCAUGGGCUGCAUCGGAGGCGGGGUCUUCCAAGGAUUGAAAGGAUUUCGGAAUGCACCGCAGGGCAUUGGAAGAAGAUUCGCCGGGAGUGUGGCGGCGGUUAAAACCAAAUCACCGGUGAUUGCCGGCAGUUUUGCUGCCUGGGGAGCCGUGUUUAGUAUUGUGGAUUGCAGUCUGGUGCAUCUUCGCCAGAAGGAGGAUCCCUGGAACUCGAUUGUGAGUGGAGCUGUGACCGGUGGCAUCUUGGCAUCCCGCAACGGAUUGGCUGCCAUGGCUGGAAGUGCCAUCAUCGGAGGCGUCCUGCUCUCCAUGAUCGAAGGAGUGGGCAUUCUAUUUACCCGCAUCUCAGCGGAUCAGUUUCGAAAUCCUGCCCCGCCAACAGUUUCGGAUGCCAAUGGAGGAUAUGGCGACCUGGACUCUUCAUCGGGAUUUGGGUUUCCUGGCGCCCAGCAGGCAAAUGUCACUAGCUAAAUUAUCGUUAUUGCUAAUAGAUAACCUCGAUGAAUUCUGAGCGUUUUUCUUUAUUUACUGCCAGAAAUAAUAUGUUAAGAGUAAUUCAUAUCGAUAAAGGAGAAAAUGAAUGAACAUCCAAAUUCCUGUUAUUGUUUGGAUGACAAAAAAUAUUAAAAACUUAGAAAACAAAAA